AAAUGGAAUAAGUUGUCAGCAGAGCAGCUUGUGAGUGGGAGGAGGAGGAGGCUGGAUAUAAAGAGUCUGUUACAGGAUUCCCAAACAAGAAGCUCCAGACGGGAAGAAGGAGCAGGAGUCCUAGGGCUACAGGGAACGCCAGAGAUCCUGAGAUUGGGACUUACAGGAUUCAGCUUCUUUCCACUUCCCUCGGCUGAACUACACCCUCUCCCUCUCUCUAUACAGUAGUUGGGAGAUGAUGUCUGGGAUUUCGGCUGAGGAGCAGCUCUGCAAUUUCCAGGAGGUCCUGCGCCAGAGCCUUUUCCUAGAGGAGGAAUUCCCACCACAGCCUCCGACAUUCCGGGGAGCUCUCAGGUGGCCCAGGAUUGGCAAACUCAGGGCUCAGCCUCUGUCCUUUGAGGAGAUCCAGGAGGUGGAAGAAGAAGGAGUGUCCCCUACAGAAGAGGAAAAGGCCAGGAGAACGUUCCUACAGUCUCUGGAGUCUCUGAGGAGGAAUUCCCACCUACGGAGAGACAAGUUGGGUCUCUUCAAACUCAGCCUGGACUCUAAUGACUCUUCCAUGACUUGAAGGUCUUAAGGCAAAGAUCUUCUAAACGGUGCUAAGUUCCCACAAGUUGCUCGGUGCUGAUUACAUGACUGUAGAUACACGCGGUUUGCAAAUUUACUGUAUGGGUGGAAAAUGCUGUGAGGGGCCAAAAGAGACUUGAAGAAGUGACCAGUCUUUGGACCAUCAACUCAAUGCUCAACACUUGCCCUACCCUAUUGUCCCUUCCACCCUAAAACUGCUCCUCUAUGGGCCCCAGCUGUACCCCCUAUUGGCAACCCCACCAGACACCAUAGGUUUUACAUGAUGCACAAAUUGGGGUGUCUCAUACCAAGUUCUCAGGAUUCCCCAAGAUCCGACACCAGGGGGAUUAGAGACGGAUUAUUCUUUCCUCGUGGAAUAUCUAAAUCUGAGCCAAGGACCAAACGUCUCUAUUUUUCUAUGAAUUUAUUUAUUUUUUGUAUUUUAAAUAAAUGUCUACGCGGGGGCUGGAACUGUAUAGAUUUUACCUUUAUUCACUUUUCAUGAAAUAAAUCUGCAUAUUUAUUCA